CGCAGCCUACGAGACUGGAUGCAUCUCAAUUGUCUUACAUCAUUGUUCUUCUACUAAGCCAUACAAAACUUUGAUCGUGAUGGAGGAUAUGAACUGUUUGAAUAUACCAGUGCAUGUUUCCAAAUUGACGAGUUUGUGUUUACCGAGUAUUAAAUCAUGGCCUACUUGGUCUUUGAUUGCGAACACUCCAAUCGCACGCACUGAUAUAUUGCAUGCAGUACAUGGAACGUUGUUGGAGCAAAAUAUCAGAUAUGUAGUUCCGCAGUGCGCGAUGAAAAAAUAUCGCAAGCAAAUUCCUAUAUCAUCCAAGAAAUGGGAUAUAUUGAACGGUAUUGCUAACAACAAAGUGAUCUUGAUACGUGGAAUAGUAACAGUUGGGAAGAGUUCUCAAGUUGCCCAAUUCAUAUUAGAGGACGCAGCUGCAUUAAACAAAUCUGUGCAUGUAAUAUUGCUGAAGCCACAAAUCUUUGGGACCAGAGAUUUAGCCGAGAAAAUUGCUAUGGAUAGAGGAGAAAUUGUAGGUUCUACGGUUGGUUACAUCUCCACCUACGAGAGGAUCCACACUGCAAUUACUUCAUUAUUCGUAUCUACCUACGAAGUAUUUCUGAAGACGUUCGUUGGACGCACCGAUUUCCUCAACACUGUCACGCAUCUUAUCAUCGACGAUGUCGAUAAAAAAUCCGUUUUCCACAAUUUGAUUAUGUAUAUAAUAAGGAAACAUAAAAGUCGCUUUCCUAAACUCAAGGUUAUACUUCUAUCUGACAGCGAUAACAACGAUCAGAUCAUUAGCUAUUUUCGUCCUGUAACUAUUAACGUCAACGCUAAGCAAGCCACAGUGAUGAUGUCGUAUACGCAAAACAAACUCACAUCGUUUCCCAUCGAAACGAUGAAUAACAAACUUGAUUUAAGCGAAUUCCUGCGGACUACAAAAAUAUGA